AUGGAUUUUCAGCUCGACGUGACGCCGUACUCCUCUGACGCAAGAGGCCGCAUCAACGGCGCUAUUUGUGAUUCUCAUAAGCGAUAUUCGCGUGACGACCAACUUAACGCUGCUGCGACGGCGAGGCCGUGCACAGAUCUGGCCCUCGAGGGUGGGCUAAUGACGGUAAUGGAUGGUGACCGUCGCAUCGCGAACGCGGAAGCCGGCGACAGCUUCCUGUCAUUAACCGCGCAU